UAUUGGGGUGUUGGUAGGCACUUCCGGUGAAAUUUUGAUCCAAAUUAGGAAAACAAAAAAUAUUUCGACCUUUAAUUUUUUGACUUCUGAACAUGUCGAAGUUGAAAAAGUAUGUUGAGGAAAGUAAAAAUACAAAAAAUCCGGAACUUGAAAUAAUCGACAGGGGAGUGAAUAACCUCACAGAUGCCCCGGGAUUAUUUGAACUAUCACACCUGACAAGGUUGACUUUGACACACAAUAAACUAACCAGUCUGCCAGCAGCCAUUACCAGUCUGUAUGAUCUGGAAGUAUUGAACUGUUUUAACAAUCAUAUAAAGGAGUUGCCUCAAGCAAUAAGUCAAAUGGUGAAAUUGAAGAUACUGAAUCUUGGGAUGAACAAAUUGAAUUCAUUACCACGAGGGUUUGGAGCGUUCCCUGUUCUUGAAGUGUUAGAUGUGACAUACAACAAUCUCAAUGAGAACAGCCUGCCAGCUAACUUCUUCCAUCUUGAUUCUUUGAGGGCUCUCUAUCUUGGAGACAAUGACUUCGAGACAAUACCUCCAGAAAUUGGAAAACUGAAAAAUCUGCAAAUUCUUGUGUUGAGAGAAAAUGACCUGGUAGCCUUGCCAAAGGAAAUUGGUGAAUUGAUAAGGUUGAGAGAGCUUCAUAUACAAGGAAACAGAUUGACCGUUUUACCACCAGAAAUAGGUAAUCUAGAUCUUGUAGGCUCACGACAAGUGUUUCGAGGGGAAAACAAUCCCUGGGUUACCCCAAUAGCUGACCAGUACCAAGUGGGUGUGACACAUGUGUUUGACUAUAUAAGAUCUGAAACAUACAAAUUUUUGUAUGGCCGUCAUUUAGCUGCUGAUGCUGCACCGCCACCAAAAACUGCAGACAAGUCAAAGAAGCUUAGCCGUCUUGGAUAAACCUCAAAUUCUACAUGCUGUUAGUACUGUGCCAAGAUCAUUUGUUUAACUGCAUUGUAUACUACUGUAUAAUCACAUUUAUCAUAUUGUACAACAAUAACACUUUGCAUAUAAGGGCCAGAAAACAGAAUUUUGCUUAAGUUUGUGUAUGCAUAAAUUCUACAUGUACCUUUUCUCUUUGACAUUUAAAGAACUCAGUCAGGUUUCAUGUCAUUAUUACAUUUUGAGAUUACUCUGCAUUUUUCCCAUUUACACGUAGGCAGUGCCUAAAUACAAGGGACAUCUUUAAUUUCUUAUUAAAUUAGAUUUGUGUUAAUAAAAAGUUGAAUAUUGCUUUCUAUUAGUAUAAGAUAAAACUUAAACACCUGAAGGGCACAUACAUUUCAAAUUGUAUUUUUUUAGUAAUAAACAGAGACAAGUUAAAAAUGUCACUGUAAUCAGCUUUGUUUUACGUAUUAUAAUUGCUUUCAUAUUUAAAGUACAAUUUACAGUAAUUUCCUCUUGGUAGUAAAGGUUAUAUCAGUAUUAUUUAACCGUAUAUCACUGUUUCUGCCUUAGGAAAGUUUUUCCUUGUAAACAUUUGGACUUCACAGCUGAAUAGUUAAGAUGACUUACAUAGAUGGCUGACUUCAAAUCACUUGCCCCUUACUGUUGUAAGUUUGAAACUUUGUAGUAGAAUUCAUUUGUACAUUUGUAUUAGGAAACAGUUCUGAUCGUUUUGCUGAAAAGUGAUGGAUUUACCCAGGUGCCUUCUUAUGUCUGAAAAAUCACACUCCAUGUCCAGGUUGGCGUUUUGGGUACAGCUAGAUUCCGCCAUAAAAGCCUUUCAUUGGAUUUAAAAUUUUAGGACAGGACAUUUCUGAGAAGAGCUAGUAUUAGCUACCAGGUCAUGUUAUUGUGUGUUUUAUUCAAAUUUUACAACAGAAUAUUGCCAUUAAUUUUAUUGUGUUAAAUUCAAAUUUUAGGAAGGGAUACAGGGCUUGUUAACCUGUCUGCUGUAUAUUUCCAUUACAGUUUCUUUUUGUUGCGGGCCUACUUUGCAAUGUAUGAUUCUCUAGCGGGUAUUGGGGUGCUCUGUUCUUCCAGAAAAUCUGCUCCAACCUUUUGUUUUUCAUCGUUGUAUAACAGGGGCUUAUAUUCAACCACUUCAAAAUUGAAAACAAGGUUAUGUUAUUUUCCAGAAAGCCAGUUAAUAUUUUCCAAAACCUUCAAGCUUCAUUUACAGUUUAACAUUUCCAGCCAAAAAGAUUUCUAGUAUUGUUCUUUUUUUAUCAAGUUACUAGAUGAGCAACACAUAGUAGUACAAGUUACAUAUACCAAUGUAAUCCGUUAUGUUCCAUUGUCUAGGUUUGUUUUUAGCUCGACUAUACGAAGUAUAAGGAGAGCUAUCCUACUCGACCCGGCGUCGGCGUCUUUCCGCGUCCCCACCUUGGUUAAAGUUUUUUAACACUUUCUCUUUUUUGUACUGUACUACUGUAAUUUUAUUCUGUAAUUACUUGAUGGAUUUGAUUCAAACUUAAAAUAGUUAUUCCUCAUCAUCACCCACAUCAUCUGACCUAAGGGCCAUAACUCUGGUACCAGUAUUUCAUGAUUUAUCCCCCCUUUUCACUUAGAAUCUCAGGUUAAAGUUUUGAUGCACUUUCACUCUAUCUGUGUUAUUACUGAAUGGAUUUAAUUCAAACUUAAAAUAGUUGUUCAACAUCAUCACCCUCAUCAUAUGAAGCAAGGUGCAUAACUCUGGCACAAUUUUUUCAUGAAUUAUUCCCCUUUUUUACUUAGAAUUUCAGAUUAAAGUUUUGAUGCACUUUCACUCUAUCUGUGUUAUUACUGAAUUGAUUUGAUUCAAACUUAAAAUAGUUGUUCAACAUCAUCACCCACAUCAUAUGAAGCAAGGUGCAUAACUCUGGCACAAUUUUUUCAUGAAUUAUUCCCCCUUUUUACUUAGAAUUUUAGGUUAAAGUUUUGAUGCACUUUCACUCUAUCUCUGUUAUUACUAAAUUGAUUUGAUUCAAAUUUAAGAUAGUUGUUCAACAUCAUCACCCACAUCAUAUGACACAAGGUGCAUAACUCUGGCACAAUUUUUUUCAUGAAUUGUUCCCCCUUUUUACUUAGAAUUUCAGGUUAAAGUUUUGAUGCACUUUUACGCUAUCCCUGUUAUUACUGAAUGGAUUUUAUUCAAACUUAAAAUAAUUGUUCAACAUCAUCACCCACAUCAUAUGACACAAGGUGCAUAACUCUGGCACAAUUUUUUCAUGAAUUAAGCCCCCUUUUACUUAGAAUUUAAGUUUAAUUUUGAUGUAUUUUCACUAUAUCUCAGUUAUUAUGAAAUGCAUAUUUAAUUCAAACUUGAAGUAGUUGUUCCACAUCAUCACCCACAUCAUAUGACACAAGGUGCAUAACUUUUGCGCCAAUAUUUAAUGAAUUAUGCCCCCUUUUUGCUUUACAGAAUAUACUUAUAUAGUGUUUUGAUACACUUUACCUUUACCUCUCUUAUUACUUAAUAUUUUUGACUCGGGCUAUUGUGCAAUAUCUUCAUCCACCAUUGGAGUCACUCCAGUGAUAGCUCCAGUUUCCUUAGAUGUGCCCAGUUUCACUAUCCAGCAUCGAAAUAGUCGAGCGCGCUGUCUCCAGUGACAGCUCUUGUUUUGUUGACAAGUUGAAAAAUGCCAAAAAAUGGGACAUGGCAUCAAAUCACUUAGUUGGAAAUACUAAUUAAAAUUUGUACAUAGUCCAUUUUUAGCUCACCUGUCACAAAGUGACAAGGUGAGCUUUUGUGAUCGCGCGGCGUCCGGCGUCCGUAGUCCGUCCGUUCGUUCGUGCGUGCGUGCGUGCGUCCGUAAACUUUUGCUUGUGACCACUCUAGAGGUCACAUUUUUCAUGGGAUCUUUAUGAAUGUUGGUCAGAAUGUUCACCUUGAUGAUAUCUAGGUCAAGUUCGAAACUGGGUCACGUGCCAUCAAAAACUAGGUCAGUAGGUCUAAAAAUAGAAAAACCUUGUGACCUCUCUAGAGGCCAUAUAUUUCACAAGAUCUUCAUGAAAAUUGGUCAGAAUGUUCACCUUGAUGAUAUCUAGGUCAGGUUCGAAACUGGGUCAUGUGCUGUCAAAAACUAGGUCAGUAGGUCUAAAAAUAGAAAAACCUUGUGACCUCUCUAGAGGCCAUAUAUUUCACAAGAUCUUCAUGAAAAUUGGUCAGAAUGUUCACCUUGAUGAUAUCUAGGUCAAGUUCGAAAGUGGGUCACAUGCUUUCAAAAACUAGGUCAGUAGGUCCAAAAAUAGAAAAACCUUGUGACCUCUCUAGAGGCCAUACUUUUCAAUGGAUCUUCAUAAAAGUUGGUCAGAAUGUUCACCUUGAUGAUAUCUAGGUCAAGUUCGAAACUGGGUCAUGUGCACUCAAAAACUAGGUCAGUAGGUCAAAUAAUAGAAAAACCUUGUGACCUCUCUAGAGGCCAUAUUUUUCAUGGGAUCUGUAUGAAAGUUGGUCUGAAUUUUCAUCUUGAUUAUAUCUAGGUCAAGGUCGAAACUGGGUCAACUGCGGUCAAAAACUAGGUCAGUAGGUCUAAAAAUAGAAAAACCUUGUGACCUCUCUAGAGGCUAUACUUUUCAAUGAAUGUUCAUGAAAAUUUGUCAGAAUGUUCACCUUGAUGAUAUCUAGGUCAAGUUCGAAACUGGGUCACGUGCCAUCAAAAACUAGGUCAGUAGGUCAAAUAAUAGAAAAACCUUGUGACCUCUCUAGAGGCCAUAUUUUUCAUGGGAUCUGGAUGAAAGUUGGUUUGAAUGUUCAUCUUGAUGAUAUCUAGGUCAAGUUCGAAACUGGGUCAACUGCGAUCAAAAACUAGGUCAGUAGGUCAAAUAAUAGAAAAACCAUGUGACCUCUCUAGAGGUCAUAUUUUUCAUGGGAUCUGUAUGAAAGUUGGUCUGAAUGUUCAUCUUGAUGAUAUCUAGAUCAAAUUCGAAACUGGGUCAACUGCAGUCAAAAACUAGGUCAGUAGGUCUAAAAAUAGAAAAACCUUGUGACAUCUCUAGAGGCCAUAUAUUUCAAUGGAUCUUCAUAAAAUGUGGUCAGAAUGUUCACCUUGAUGAUAUCUAGGUCAAGUUCAAAACUGGGUCAUGUGCCUUCAAAAACUAGGUGAGUAGAUCAAAUAAUAAAAAAACCUUGUGACCUCUCUAGAGGCCAUAUUUUUCAUGGGAUCUGUAUGAAAGUUGGUCUGAAUAUUCAUCUUGAUGAUAUCUAGGUCAAGUUCGAAACUGGGUCAACUGCGGUCAAAAACUAGGUCAGUAGGUCUAAAAAUAGAAAAACCUUUUGACCACUUUAGAGGCCAUAUUUUUCAAUAGAUCUUCAUGAAAAUUUUCCUGAAUGUCCACCUUGAUGAUAUCUAGAUAAAAUUUGAAUCUGGGUCACGUGUGGUCAAAACUAGGUCAGUAGGUAUAAAGAUAGAGAAACCUUGUGACCUCUCUAGAGGCCAUACUCUUCAUGAGAUCUUCAUGAAAAUUGGUGAGAAUGUUCACCUUGAUAAUAUCUAGGUCAAGUUCAAAACUGGGUCAUGUGCCUUAAAAAACUAGGUCAUUAGGUCAAUAAUAGAAAAACCUUGUGACCUCUCUCUAGAGAAGCCAUAUUUUUCAAUGGAUCUUCAUGAAAAUUGGGUCAUGUGGAGAAGGUGAGCGAUUCAGGACCAUCAUGGUCCUCUUGUUUCUACAAAAUGACUUUAUCCCAGUGUAGUAAGUUAUCAUGCAUGCAAUUGAAACACCAAGGACUCUUCCCCAACUGCCCAGUGAAAAGCCCUGGGAUGUUAUAAAGAAAAUUUUAUUUAAGCUUCCAAUUCAUCUUAGUGUAUGUUAUGUUUCAAACAUAUGUCAGAUGACGUAACCCAUAGCUGUUGAACAAAAAUUGAAUUUUAAUACUUAACUGAAGAGUUGUGUCACUAGAUUUUUCGUCAUCAUUGUUGAACAUUUUUAAUGUCAUUAAUUUCCUUAUUUACACAGAUUCCUAUGUAUCAUUUUCCCUUCUAUGGUGCUAAUUAUAUAUUGUCUGUAUGAUUUAGAGGAAUUUUGUGAAUUAGAAUCUCUGUCAGAUUUAUUGUCAAGAAAUAACUGCCAUACAUUACAUUAUUAUUAUCAUCCAUAGUGUGUUAGAUUAAUGUUUUACAUGUGGAAAUAUUGUAUUUACUUCUUCAGGGUCGUCAGUGUCCUAGUGGCUAGAUUGAAUUUUUUAUACAUUAUCAGAUACCUCUGCAGUCACUUAUAUUGUUGAUUUGAAACUCAAGUUUUCUGCAUCAUUAAGCAAGGUUAUAAAGCUGGCAGCUUAUCCAUUUUAAAAAACAGACUUCCCAAAAAAAAUAAUUUCUCAUUUUAUACUUAAGUUACUGGUUAAAAAAUGUAAGCUCUUAAUUCUGCAACUGAUGGGGCAGUUCUCUUGAAAACUUGUACAAAUUUUGGGAUCGUUGUAACAUAAUGCAGCCAAAGUAAUUAAGAAAUAUUUUACUGUUUUAUAUGGCUUGAAAGUAUGUGGCUGUGGGGUUUAUAGAUGUUCGUAAACAAUUGGCUAAUGAACUAUUGAAAACAAAGAUCCUAAUUCAAGUUUUUGUCAUAGUAAAAAAAUUUUUUAUUGGGUUAUGCAGGAAGUUAUAGUUUGUUAACUAGUAUUCCAUCUUGGAAUCAUGUGCAUUUUAGUUAGCUUCAGUCUAGUGGACAUAAUAAUUAUUUCUAGAUUUUUAGCUAGAACAUGUUUAGAUUCAACUUAUCAAGGAUAUGUUGCCAGCCAAGUUUGCUACCACAACCCAGCUUAUGGUUCUACGAAUAGUUUAUUAAAACAUUUACAUUAUAUGAAUAUUGUUAAUGUGUUUAAGAAUAUGUAAAGCUUUGCAUAUUUAGUAUGUUUAGUGCAUUAUAUUAUGUCCUGUUUAUAUUUAUUAAUAUUUGAUAAUAAAACAUAUAUAUAAAUGUUAAUAA